AUGAUAAGAUAUCUUUUGCUUAUAAGUCGCCAAGGCAAAGUACGGUUGGCGAAGUGGUACGUUUCCAUACCGAACAAAGAAAAAACUCGAAUUGUUCGUGAACUUUGCCAAACCGCUUUGGGUCGUUCCGCCCGUUUCUCCAACGUGUUGGAGCUCCGCGGCUCCAAAUAUGUUUGCCAGCGGUAUGCGUCUCUUUAUUUUAUUGCCUGCAUUGACAAGCAAGACAAUGAAUUGGCAAUUUUGGAGAUGAUUCACCACUUCGUAGAGCUAUUGGACCGAUACUUUGGCAAUGUUUGCGAGCUGGACCUUAUCUUCAACUUCCACCGGGCAUAUUUUGUGCUUGACGAAGUUAUUUUGGGAGGGGAAUUGGAAGACACAAGUAAGAAAUCAAUAUUACGGCAGAUUGAAAUGCACGAGGCGGCAGCGGAGGACACGGAAUUAUCCAGAGGAUCCGGCACAAAUUCCUCAAAGGCACGCUAA